CCCCCCCCUCUCUUUUCCUCUCCUGUGCUCUCUCCUUAUUGACUGUCUUUUUUCUUAACUCUGCCUUUACAUUUGUUCCCUUCUCAACUUUACCCCUUCUAAAUAACCAACCUUUUCCUUUCUUCCUAGUCAUGUUAUUUUCUUUUCCUUAUUUUCUUUCUUUCACAUGUUUCUCCUUUGGACUGAUGAAUUAUGGGGAAAAACAAAAAUUGAGGAAAGACGAAAAGAAAAAAGGGGGGAAAAGAGAGAAUUACUCUUAGUAAAGAAUAGCAUUUUUUCAUUAGUUAUUCGGAUAUCCAGACAUCCAGACAUCCAGACAUCCGGACAUCCGGAGCCUUUUGAACCCGCUUUUUCGUUUUGUUAUGUGCUAGUAACAGCUAUUGUGCUACUUCAGAACUGUUUCCAGUAUUUAAGUGCUCUUGAUGACCAUUAUGAAUGCUACUGUACUUCGUACUCGGCCACAAAGGACUUACUGCUACGAGUAUCUCUCUUGCAUUAAAGCUC